CAAGAAUUGAGAAUCAAAAAAAUUAUGAUUCUUCAUCCGAGAAUCAAAACCAGAAUCAAAAGUGCGGAGCCUUAUCUCCUCUCUACUCUCUCUCUCUUCCUCUCGUCUCCUCUGCUCAUCAGUCUCAUUCUCUCCCUCCUCAAGAACGGCGACUGCUGCUCCUCCCUCCUCAAGAACGGCGACGGCGACAGCUGCUCCUCCCUUCGCAAGAACGGCGACGGUGACUGCUGCUUCUUCAUCGUUGAAGGGCGUCGUUCAAGGUGGCUCGUCCCAUUCGGCUCAACAACUUCAACCUCUUUUUUUUUUUCGUUUUCUUGCAGGUCUCGUCCAGCAGCGUCAACCUUUCACGCCUUCCCUCCAGCUUCAACGGCACUCCUGUCCCCACCGGAUCCAUUUCCUUCCAGAUUUGGUCGAAUCGGAAGAUUGGUGCUUCGGAUAGCAACCGCUAGGGAUGAUAUCGAUGUAUUAGCUGUCAAUGAUCCUUUUAUCGAUGCUAAAUACAUGGCUUACAUGUUAAAGGAUGACUCUACUCAUGGAGUUUUCACUGGAACGAUCAAUGUUAUAGACAAUUCCACCUUGAAGAUUAAUGGAAAGCAAAUUAAAGUUGAAAGCAAAAGAAAUCCAGAAGAGAUUCCUUGGGGUUAUCAUGGGGCUGAGUAUGUUGUUGAAUCCUCUGGAGUUUUCACUACAUAGGACAAGGCUUCCGCACACCUGAAGGUCACUAUAAUAAUUUAAUUUGCUCUGUGCACGCAUGCCCGCUGAUUAUUACUGUAGGCUGGCCGCCAAGAAAGUGGUCAUAUCAGCUCCUUCAGCCGAUGCACCUAUGUUUGUGGUUGGAGUAAAUGAAAAGUCAUACAAGUCAAACAUGGAUGUAGUAGAUGAUACAUCAAAUGAGGAAGCAAUGGAGAUAAACAUGCUUCGGAGAAGUAUUGCAAAUCAAAUGGCAAGGGAUUACAAUAUGCCAGAGAUUCAAUAACUUUAUGUUUACGACCUUUGUAAUAUUGUUUUUAAUUAUUGACUUAUCAAAGCCAAUAUUCAAAGUUGAACAAUGGACUACGUUACUUCAUUAUUCAUUUAUGGAA